AUGCGUGCGGGCGCAGCCCCGUCACCGCCCGAGCCCAGCCGGGCCCAGGGCCUGGGGACGCGGCGGCGGCUGCUCCCGGGUCCUGGCCGCGCGGUGCGCAGGACAGCCUGCCCGUGCUGGCUCUCCGAGCGCAGCGUGCCUGGGGCCGCAACGCGCCCCGCCGAAGAGCUGCCGGCCGCGGCCGACCUGUGCACACCCCAGUCCUUGCACGUCCCCCCCGCCGCCGCUGGGCCCCGCGCCCCGGUGCCCCCGCAUUCGUUGGAGCCGAAGUUCGGCCAGCCCAGCCAAGAGGGGUCCCAACCCUCCAGAAAGACCCAGGACGCAGCGCCAAAGCCCGAACGCUGCAGGGACAAGAGCGCUCGCUCGGUGGGCAGAGCUGGGGCUGAAGCACCAGGCUCGGCCCCAGCGGAUCCCGGCGUGUCUCGGCUCCGCCUCCGGCCCUGGCCCCUGUCCCUGGCCCCGGGUCGGGUCUUCCAUUCCACUGUUUGGCUCGAAGAGGUCGGAGACGUGCUCGGUGCACAGGGGGCCGGAUGCGGCCAUAAAUCUCCAUGCGGGACCUCCUUCCCGCUGCUCACACGCCGGUGCUCCUGGCCGCUGGGGCUCUCGGCCGGCCUCGCGACCGGGACUUCACCGAGUGCCCUGCUCUCCCAGUCACAGCCUGGGGUCCCUGAGACUGCACAGGGAGUCAAGCCAGGAGCUUCCCUGUUCACCAAAGAGAGGAACGGACUCUCCCAUUCAGUGCCAUCACCUUCCAUCCCCGCGGUCGCCCGGACCCCAGGCGGCCUGGGCCUCACCGGAUCCCCGCCUGGGGUAGGGCCACCCGGCCGGGCACUUACUCCUCGGAAGGCUCCGGGAGGCUGGAAUGGGCGCACGGCCACCUGCUUGAGCCCAGUUCCGCGCCAUUAUGGGAUGAUACCAGGGUUAGGGGACUUCGGGGGGGACAGCCACGGAAGGGGGAGGCAUUCACCCCCUCCGAGGAGCCUCCCCCUCGCUGUGCCAGUGACACAGUGGCAACGGGCUGGUGGCAGAGGCCGGAGGCGGAAGGUUUGGUAAACCUCGCUGGAGACGGUCUUACU